AUGUCGAGUCCCAGAAAGAGACUGGCCGAAGAUGAUGAUCUCGCAUCUGAACGCUCCACGCCCUCGUUGGCUUCCAGUCCCCAAUUGCCUCCUUCUUCGCCUGCAAUUCCAUUCGAAGAGGAGGAAGAAGAAAUCCACAACGAUGUGACAGAUUUGAACCCUUCAGAUGAGGAUGAAGGUGAAGAUUUGAUGGAAAAUUUGGAAGCGGACUACAGGAGAAACGAUGGUCAGGAUCAUUAUGAUUUGGGCGAUGGAAACAUCGAUGAUGAGGAGUAUGAGGCCAUGGACGCAGCCACCAGAAGAAGAAUCGACGAGCAGUUGAAUCGCAGAGACGAGCUUAUUGGAGGCUUGGCUCCAGGAAAUAGAAGUCGUUCGCAGGCGUUCUUGGACGAUGAAGACGACGAGCGCAUGGAUGAUGUCAACGAAUACGGUUUGCCUAUCCAGAGGAGACGGAGAAGACGUCAAUACGAUGAAGACAAUGACGAGUUUAUGAACGACGUUGACAUUGAUCCUUUUCACGAAGAAUUAUCUCUUGAGAGUUUGGCUGAUGUGAAGGCUCCUUCCAUUACCGAGUGGAUCUUACAGCCUUCUGUCUCUCGUUCGAUUGCCAGAGAGCUAAAAUCUUUCCUAUUGGAAUAUACCGACGAAAAGGGUCGGUCUGUGUACGGUGCCAGAAUUCGUACUUUGGGUGAAGUCAAUGCAGAGUCCUUGGACGUCUCAUAUAAUCAUUUGGCAUCAUCCAAGGCCAUUUUGGCAUUGUUCUUGGCUUCUUCUCCAACUGAAAUGUUGAAGAUCUUUGACAUCGUCGCUAUGGAGGCCACUGAAUUACAUUACCCAAAUUACUCGCAGAUCCACCAAGAAAUUCACGUGCGUAUCUCCAACUUUCCUAAUCACUUAUCAUUGCGUGAACUAAGGGAGAAGAACCUCAAUCAGUUGGUGAGAAUCUCCGGUGUUGUGACGCGGAGAACAGGUGUUUUCCCUCAAUUAAAGUACGUUAAAUUUGACUGCCUCAAGUGUGGAGUGGUUCUUGGUCCAUUUAUUCAAGACUCAAAUGCAGAGGUCAAGGUCAAUUUUUGUACCAAUUGUCACGCUAAAGGACCAUUCAAGCUUAACUCUGAGAAGACUCUCUACCGUAACUAUCAAAGAAUCACGUUACAAGAAGCACCAGGAACUGUUCCUGCUGGUCGUUUGCCUCGUCACAGAGAAGUCAUCUUGCUUUCUGAUUUGGUGGAUGUAGCCAAACCUGGCGAGGAAGUGGAUAUCGUGGGAAUCUACAAGAACAACUACGAUGGCAGACUUAAUGCCAAGAAUGGAUUCCCCGUGUUUGCUACGGUCAUCGAAGCCAACUCCAUUAACCGUAAGGAGACUUCUUCGAUGUUUAACUCCGACACUGGUCAAGCGGCAUGGGUUGAGGAGGAUGAGAGAGAAUUCAGAAGGCUCUCCAGGGAGAGAGGUAUCAUCGACAAAAUCAUUGCAUCGAUGGCCCCAUCUAUCUAUGGUCACAAGGACAUCAAGACUGCUAUCGCAUGUUCAUUGUUUGGUGGUGUUGCCAAAGACGUCAACGGAAAGCACUCUAUUCGUGGUGAUAUCAAUGUCUUGUUACUCGGUGACCCAGGUACUGCCAAGUCGCAAAUUCUUAAAUAUGCUGAAAAGACAGCGAACCGAGCUGUGUUCGCGACAGGUCAAGGUGCCUCUGCUGUUGGUUUGACCGCAUCUGUUCGUCGUGAUCCAAUUACUCGUGAGUGGACCUUAGAGGGUGGAGCCUUGGUUCUUGCAGACAAGGGUACUUGUCUUAUUGAUGAGUUCGACAAGAUGAAUGACCAAGACAGGACAUCGAUUCACGAGGCCAUGGAACAACAGUCGAUUUCCGUUUCCAAGGCCGGUAUUGUCACAUCUUUGCAAGCACGUUGUUCCAUCAUCGCUGCUGCUAACCCUACUGGCGGAAGAUAUAACUCUACUCUCCCACUCUCUCAAAAUGUGAAUUUAACAGAACCGAUUCUUUCAAGAUUUGACAUUCUUUGUGUGGUCAGAGAUAUCGUGAAUCCCGAACUGGAUGAAAGGCUUGCCUCUUUUGUCCUUGAUUCCCACAUGCGUUCACACCCAUCUAAUGAUGAAGAUGUAUUCGAUGAUGAUCAAGACAUUUCGGAGCAACAAACGCGAAGAGACCGUAUCAGCGAAGCCACCAAACAAAAGGAAAGUGAGAUUUCUCCAAUCCCACAAGAGCUUCUUUCCAAAUAUAUCAGUUAUGCAAGAGCUAAAGUUUCGCCCAAAUUGCACCAGAUGGAUAUGGACAAGGUGGCAAGAGUCUAUGCGGACUUGAGACGAGAGUCCAUCACAACGGGAUCCUUCCCUAUUACUGUGCGUCAUUUGGAAAGUAUUAUCAGAAUCGGAGAGGCUUUCGCAAGAAUGAGACUCAGCGAUUUCGUCAGUCAAAGUGACUUAAACAGAGCCAUCAAGGUGAGUAUUGAUAGUUUUGUGGGUGCCCAGAAGGUCACCGUCAGGAAGCAAUUACAGAAGUCGUUUAUGAAGUAUACCUUACCAAGCUGGAAGUAA